AUGAUUUCACCCACUAUCACGCCGCAACUAAUGACCACCGCGAUGAUAUCCGUUCAAGAUCAUAAAGGCAAGCUAAUCAAGUGUCGCGCGUUGCUGGAUACGUGCGCCACUGCCAACUUUAUCUCUCAUAACCUCGCAAGAUGUCUAAGACUUCCGAUUACGUCGUGCGCAUUACCGAUCAGUGCAAUUAACUCGACAAAUACAAUGACAAAGGGCGUCCUUCGCGUUAUUAUUCGAUCGCUGGAUAACAAGUUUAACAAGGAAUUAGUAUGUUUGACGAUACCGACGAUAGCAGAUCUAGUACCAUCUGAAAAAUUCCCACGGAACUCUAUUAAAAUACCGUCCAAUAUCGAAUUAACCGAUCCCUCAUUUCAUUUGCCGCGUCGAGUAGAACUAUUAAUCGGCGCUGGGGCGACGCUAUCUUUAUUUUCAUCCGGUCAAAUCAGUUUAACUAACGAAGAUGGCCAGUUAUAUCUACAAAAUACUCGACUCGGCUGGAUCGUUGCGCGCGGAGGGUUUCCUGAUCGUCCGAAAAAUAUUACAUGUUCGUUAACGACUCUGGAUCAACUCAUCACUAGAUUUUGGAAUAUCGAAGAAAUAACGGGAAGCGCGCCGAGAUCAAUCGAGGAAGUAAAUUGUGAAACGCAUUUCACCGAAAAUGUUACACGCAAUGAUAAUGGACGCUACGUCGUGCGGCUACCAUUCCGUAAAGAUCACAAACAGCUCGGCGAGUCACGAAACGCCGCUCUUAAACGUUUAUAUUCACUUGAACGCAAGCUUAGUUCGAAUCUAGAAUUAAAGACAGCUUAUUCACAAAUCAUUCAAGAAUAUUUAAAGUUAAAACAGAUGAUUCCGAUCGAUGAUUCUUCGGAGGACGGGUAUUAUAUGCCGCACCACGCAGUGAUCAAACCAUCAAGCAACACAACUAAGGUUCGAGUUGUUUUCGACGCGUCGGCGAAGACUAGUAACGGUCUAUCCCUAAAUGAUGUUCUAUUAACGGGACCCAUUAUUCAAAAUCCAUUAUUCGCUCAUCUCCUGCGCUUUCGUACAUAUAAAUACGUUCUCUCGGCAGACAUAGAAAAAAUGUACAGGCAAGUGUUAUUGCAUGAAAGCGAUCGCAUGUAUCAACGUAUCCUUUGGCGUCAGGAUAAUGAAGUUAAAACUUUUCAACUCAAUACUUUGACAUUUGGCGUAUCUUCUUCACCCUAUCUGGCCAUACGCGUGAUUCAACAACUCGCGGACGAUGAACGCGUCAAUUAUCCCGAGGCAGCUCGAGUUCUUACAAAACAUUUAUAUGUGGACGAUUUGUUAACUGGUGCGAACACUAUCGAAGACGCUCGCACAUUACGGAACGAAAUAAUCGCCUUGCUAUCUCGGGGAGGGUUCAAUAUUCGACAGUGGGCGUCAAACGAAAGACAAAUCAUCGAUGAUCUAGAUCCCGAAGCUAUAAACGCGGGCCUCACGCUCGAUAGAAAUCAUCCUUUGAAAACGUUAGGCUUGACGUGGCACGCGAGUGAUGACGUGCUAUGUUAUUCUGUACGUUCAGUUAAACAAACCGAGAAAAUCACAAAGCGAGAGGUCGUCUCGAAGCUCGCGAGUAUCUACGAUCCUUUAGGUAUUGUGGGACCCGUUAUAUUAUACGGCAAAAAAUUAAUGCAGGACUUAUGGCUACAUAAAAUAGGUUGGGACGACACAAUACCCCCCGCCAUACAAGCCGCAUGGUCCGUAUUUGAAGUACAAUUAGAGUCGAUUAGUGAAUUCUCCGUCGAACGCUCUGUCUUGUUUCCUGGUUACUCCAACAUUCAGAUACACGGCUUCUGUGAUGCAAGCAAGACAGGCUACGGCGCUUGUUUAUAUAUCCGUUCGAACGAUCGACACGACAACAUAUAUUGCCGACUCUUAUGCGCCAAAUCGCGGGUCGCACCAUUAAAAACCGUGUCCAUACCUCGUCUCGAAUUAUGCGGUGCACUUUUACUCGCAAGGUUAUAUCGCGAGAUACACGACGUGAUAGAAUUACCGAUUGAUCGGGUAGUGUUAUGGAGCGACUCGACCAUUGUGCUCCAUUGGGUAAAAAUGCAGCCUCAUCUCUUAAAAACAUAUGUAUCACAUCGCGUCGCGCAAAUCCAAGAAAUGACAGAUGCACAAGCGUGGAGACACGUUAGCUCCAAUGACAAUCCGGCCGAUGCGCUCUCGAGAGGGCAAUUACCAAACGCUUCUUUAAAUAAUCGUACGUGGAACUCGGGGCCACCGUGGUUAAGUAAAAGAGAAAACGAAUGGCCAUCGGGAAUAGCAGAGCUAGACGAAAUACCGGAGCGCCGAAAAAAUACUUGUUUAAACAUAGUGGUCAACGAUUGCGAUAUCCUCCGAAAAUAUUCGUCAUAUUCUCAAAUGUGUCGUAUCAUAGCAUGGAGCCUACGUUUUCGACCAAAGAAUACCUAUCGAAAUGAAUUGUGCAUGAAGGAAAUAAGCGACGCAGAAAUUAGAAUAAUCAAAAUUGUUCAAGCUUCUCGUUUCUUACCAGAAUUAAAAAGACUCGCAAAUAAACAACCAAUAAGUAAAAAUAACAUCGCGGCAUUAAACCCUUUUAUCGACGAAGACAGUCUGAUCCGUGUCGGUGGACGUCUUAAAGAUUCAAAUUUAACCUUCGAACAGAAACAUCCCAUUUUAUUGCCGAAUCGUCAUUUUGUGACAGAUAGCAUUAUUAAGGAGACUCAUGAGAGGCGUUAUCACGCUGGCAUUCAAAUGACGUUAUACGCAGUUAGACAAAGGUUCUGGAUUUUGGAUGGCAUGUUGUAG